AUGAGCGACGGUGGCGACUCCGUCUCCAGCGAUGACUGCAUCGACGACUGCCUUGAGGCCUGCUGCUGCGACUGCUUCUGGGAUGACAUCUGCUUCCGCAUCGUCUGUGCUCUCGUGAUCGUCGCCGUCCUCGCCACCGUGGUCACCCUGCUCGUCAUCGCCUUCGUCCCCCGCCCUGUCGGCGUCAGCGUGGAGGACGCGGCCCUCGCCCGCCUCGCCCUCGCCGACAAGAACGCCACGGCCACCGCGCUCGCCUACAACAUCUCCAUCGCCGUCGGCGUUCACAACGAGAACUGGAUAAUGCGCGCCAAGCACACCGCGCGGCUGGACGCGGAUCUGCUGUUCGCCGGAGCGCGCUUCGCCCGUGUCGGACUGGCGACCGCAGGGGCCGUGGUCCGGCCGCGGCGCAGGGAAGUGUACCACGCCACGGCAGCGGCCGACAGCGCAAGCGUCGCUCUGGGGAGCGCAGGCAUGGCCGACUUCCUCAAGCAGUCCGAAGCGGGGAAGUUCCAGCUCGAGGUCAAGCUUGUCGGCGAGGUCAUGUACCGGCCACACCACAAGAAGCACAGGCUGGACGCGAUCUGCCGGCUAGAAUUGGCUCUGUCAACGGCAACCUCGCCGGCGUUGUUCAAGAAGGUAAAGUGCGAUGUUCAGUAA